AUGCGUUAUGAAGACUUUCAGGAAGCGGUAAUGCCUUUUCCGUCUCGGACAGACUUAGCUUCGAAAGCUCGUGUGCUGAAGUGGCUCAAUAUGCCUCCAACUCUCUUGGAUAGAGCAAGGGUACCCAAUUUCAUCACACCGUCUUCUUCCACUUGCUCAAUAAACGAUUCUGAACUUGAAGCUAAUGUCUCCGAAGCCAACUCCUCCCUCUGCCUUCCUCUCAAGAAAGGAAGUGGAUAUGAGUUCAUCACUUUCUAUCCCGAUUGUCUGAAACACAUCGACAAAACUGUUGAAGAAGGCAAACAGGAGCAUUAUACUCAGAUAGGACAGAAGUACAACAUGGUAUUCAAAAUGUCUAGAAGUAAUACGAAGCUUGUAAAAACCGUUUUUCACAGUUAUGGCUUUACUCAAUGCUCAUGGAGGAAUGGCAACUUCAAUGUCAUUUGGGCAGGAUCUCAUCUGAAAGCUUAUAAAAUGAGAAAUCUCCAACCAUGGCAACGCGUUAAUCAGUUUCCACGAUCGUCGGAGUUGACGAGAAAAGACAAACUUUAUGAAAACAUUGCAAGAUCUCAAACCGUUUAUGGUGAUUGUUAUGAAUUUAUUCCGGAGUUUUAUGUUACUCCACGGGACUGCCUACGAAUGAACAAAGCUUUCGAAGAAAGAAGCAAGAACGACGGGGAUGAGAGCCGCUUUAUCGUGAAGCCUGUCAGUUCAUCCCGAGGACAAGGCAUCUUCUUCAUUACCGAACCUGAACAAGUACCUCUAGGGAACCCUCUUCUCGUCUCUGAAUAUAUUUCUAAUCCUUUAGUUGUAAACGAUCACAAAUUCGAUCUCCGUAUCUAUACCGCCGUCACCUGUUUCAAUCCUCUUGUAGUUUACAUAUAUGCUGAAGGUUUAACAAGAUUGGCAUCCGCAAAAUACUCAACUGAUGCUUCAUUCACGGAUGAGUUUGUUCAUUUGACAAAUUACUCGAUUAACAAGAAUAGUCAAGCUUUCAUUAGAAAUGAAAGCAUGUCAACUGAAGACUUUGGACACAAAUGGACUUUGGGGGCUUUAUUACGACAUUUAGAACUGAAAGGAAUAGACUCCAAGUUGAUGAUGCUUAGAAUAGAGGAUAUCGUUAUCAAGUCUCUUUUGUCAGUUCAAGGGACUGUUAACUCAGUUUGUAAAACUACUGUGCACAAUGUGGGAACGAACUUUGAGCUGUUCGGUUUUGAUAUCUUAGUUGAUUCCAAUCUCAAGCCGUGGUUAUUAGAAGUUAACUUGUCACCCAGUUUAUCCUGUGAUGCUCCCCUAGACUCAUUAGUGAAAACAAGGUUAAUCUGCGAUCUUUUCAACCUCGCCUGCAUACCACUCUACAAUAAGAGAUCUGCUUCAACUAAUGGUGAUGAUUCGGGUGCCGAGGAAGAAAAGGAAAUAGCAUCAAACCCCCGUUUGUUCAAUGACUGCAAGAGGAAGAGUCCACCUGUUGUGAGAAAUGUUGCGGGAAAAAAACUCUUAUGUCCAACUUCUCCUAUGAGAACCGAAAUGAAGUUCCAACAAAUCUUGAAGAAAUUCCGAUUUGAAAACGAGAGGAAAGGAGAUUUCGUUCGCAUAUUUCCACGAAAAAAUACGUUUGAACUAUACAAACCAAUCAUGGAAUUUUCUUCAUCAGAGAAAUUCGAUCGAAGGAUAUAUGAAGAGGAGUUUGGAAUUAAUGAGAAUUUAGAGGACCUCUCUGAAACAUUCCAUGAAGUCAUGAUCUUAGCUUCGAAGUAUCCAUCGUUCAAAGAAGUUCCUAAAGAGCUUAAGCCUGUAAUUGACAGUUGGUAUAACAUAGCUAGUGUUUAUUGUGACAAAAUAACCAAAGAAGGCGAAAUUUAUGCUGCUAAACUUCCAGUAGUUCGCGCAACUGCCCGUUUGCGCACUAAAAGUUGCUCAGAUUGGUAUGAGGUGCGAAAGAACACUCUAGAAAUCGCCAAAGCAAAGUUAAUUGCUGAAACACAAGGCAAUGAGAAAGACGAAGAAAAGAGUGAAAACGGCAAAGAAAAUAAUCCGCCGAAUGUUGAAAACGUGAAAAAUUAG